AUGCAGCACACGACACGAGCAACUGGGAACGGGGACGGCGCCUGCGCAGCCAGUGGACGACCGCUCGCAGCAGGUACCUUAGGGGCCACGCCCACGCCAGCGACAGGUGCCCCAGCGGCCUUGACCGCGGCGGCUCUCGACGGCGGCGACGGCGGCGCGGAAGGCCUCGCGCCAGCUGCCGGCUUCCUAUCAGCGACGCCUGCAGCGGUCCUGCAGGGUGGAUCGGUCGGCGGCUUAUCGGCGCUCGUCUUGGGACAGGAUGGACCGGCCGCCGCCUUACUGGUCGUUUCGCGGACGGGACCGGUCGCCGGCUUGCGUCCCGCGCUAGCAGCCGGUCUCGGCCUGGCGGUCCCCGCGGCAGGUGGCUUAGCGGGCAGGGAGGCGCCGGCCGGCCGCCGGGCCGCUGCCGGAGGCGGAGGCGUCGCGGAGCGCCGCAUGCCGCGCCUCUGUUCUCUUCCCGGCACGUCACGUGCAGAGCGGCGGCGGGCGCUCAGCUAA